UGUAGGAAAACAAAAAAGAGCCAAUAUGACUAAUAAAAAUGAAUAUAAAUUUUAGAUAUUUACCUUGUAAAAAUGUCAAAACAAGAAACAGAUUGUGAAAUGAAAUUGAUAAAAAAUUUUACCAAUCGUCUUUUUUAAAUAAAAAAACUUCUGGGACGGAAUCGAGGAAUAUUCAAGAAUGACAAACAUCAAAGCAAGUCGUAAAGGAAUGCGACUGAACGAUGCGCAGUAUUUUCGAUUGCCUUUGCCGCACACGCGUAAGAAGAUGACGGUAAUACGUGUAAUGCCGCGCAUCGUAGACGCGAAUUACUCUUAUGUAAUUCAGGAUUCGACUACAAGUCCGAAUGCCGGACUCGAAAUAACGUCUCGAUGUCGCGGCAAGAUUUUGGAAUCGAAACAGAGUUCUGUUGAAAUAGCGCUCGUGACAUGCAACGGCUUCAAAAGCAUUGAUCAAAUUAAGAAAGGACGUCAGGACAUUUGUAUAGAGACCGAAGCUAUCAAGGUUUCCAACAAUCCAUCGUUCUUAACAUGGCAAGAAGAUAGUCUAUUGAUGGUCCCGAACGAUUCCGAGAAAUUCGCAGAAUUUCCGCAAGUCGAAGAUAAUCGUUGGGAAACCAUAUGGAAUUCAGAAGAAUUGCGAAGCCAGGUAGAGCGCAACUGUAAGAGCGUCGAUCGGAAACAGAAUUGCGGUGAUCGCGUUGUCGAGUUCACGGAGGAGAAGUGCAAUAGUUGGUGGAAAGAUAGCGGCCAAACAAUUCUACACUUUUUCGCCAAGAUACUGGGAAAACGCGGCGGAAUAGGCGCCAAGGGAGCAACGGGUUACGUUUUGCCUACCGGCAAGCAGCCUUGCAAGCGUGUCAAGCGUGUCUCAAGGGAUGGCAAAGGCUAUAAUGGAUGCGGAAGAGACGUCGAUGGGAGUAUACGCUUGAAGCGAGUCAACAACGGCUACAUUGGCUACAUUGCAAAUCACGUAUACAGGGACGAGACGAACCGGUACGGGGGCGUCGUGACGGAAAAUAAGUCGCGCGAGAAGCGGCAGCAUCAUCCCUCGAUUCUCGUGCGACAGAUACAGAGGACGCGUGACAAAAAUCUACGGAUUAUGCUGCUGGAACGAGAGCUGCACGCACAUUUGCCGAAAGCUGCCAGGAGGGAACUGCGACUAACUGCGAAGGUCCGACAAUUAAGCAGCCCCCUCUGUUAAAAUUCUCCUGUUUUAAGGAAACUGGUACUUCGAGAAGAAAUUUAAUUUCAGAUCGCGUAUUCGGCUCGAUUUUUGUCAUAAAAGCGUCUUAACACGUUCACGUUUUAUUUUAGCGUGGCGUAUAAUAGGAUGUAGACAAAAUAAUGUGAACAUCUGAGAAAUAUUUGUUUUAUUAACAAGAGGUUGGCUUAUCAUCUGUCUUUAAUCUGGGAAUAAUCAGUUGAUUUAUUAUAUCCCGUAUUAGCGAAAAAAUAAAACAACAAAAAACUCCAAAAAAAC